CCUUAACUGCGUUGGUCCCAUCAUAUCUGUCACACAGUCCAUUUAUAGCCCAGAGUUUGGCUGCGCGCUGCAGGUCAGUGCCUCCGUCCAGUCAGUUCCACGCAGAGCUUCCUUUGCCCCGGAGGGACCACGGCCACGGGGGGUCGGGGAGGACGGCCUGCUUCGGGAGAGGGGUUGGUGGGUGGUGGGAGGUAGUUGUGAUGCUGUAAGGGGGACUGAUGGAUGUGUGACGUUGGCGAAUUGCAGCAAUUGGCAAACUGUACGUGAGGAGAGACCAGCCAGGACGCACUGGAUACAGCAGAUUUGAGGAGGGAAGGCAAGUGGAGGAAGGGGGUGGGGGGACACGACAGAGGUCGAAAAAAAAUCAUCAACAGGGAGUUGGAUGGACGCGAGGGGACAGAGAGCAGGGGACAGGCUCUAGAACCAUCAAGGGUCCCAUCAAGAGGUCUGGUGUCUGCACCAAAUCAGCUUCAGGGAUGUAGUCGAAGCGGCUUAGAGCUCAGCCCAUCCGAGCUCAUCAUCAUGAAGAAACACUCCGCAAGGGUUGCCCCGCUGUCCGCCUGCAACAGUCCGGUGCUCACCCUCACCAAAGUGGAAGGAGAAGACCGCGCCAGGGAGAAUGUGGUGGGCACUACAGACGCACAGUCGGCUGGCAGUGCGGCAGGAGCAGAGUCUGGCUCCAGCAGACGGAAGCUCCACUGCUGCAUCAGAGUAACAACCGUACAGGUGCGGAAGGCCCUGUGGGGAGUCGCCAUGGUGAUAUGCGUGUGCUCAUCUUGGGCAGGCUCCACCCAGCUGGCCAAGCUGACCUUUAGGCAGUUUGACGCCCCCUUCACCCUCACCUGGUUUGCCACCUCCUGGAACUGCCUCUUCUUCCCCCUCUAUUACAUUGGCCACCUGUGCAAGAGUCCAGAGAGGCAGACGCCCAGACAGAGAUUCAGGGAGUGCUGUAGGUUUUUCGGGGACGACGGGCUGACACCUAAGGUGUUUUUCACCAAGAUAGCGCCCUUUGGCCUGCUGUGGAUCCUCACCAACUACCUGUACCUGCAGGCCCUCAGGAAGAUCAACACAACAGACGUGUCAGCGCUUUUCUGUUGUAACAAGGCCUUCGUCUUCCUGCUGUCUUGGAUUGUACUCAGAGACCGCUUCAUGGGGGUCAGGAUCGUAGCUGCUAUCUUGGCCAUAGCAGGCAUUGUAAUGAUGACCUAUGCUGAUGGAUUCCACAGCCACUCAGUCAUCGGCAUUACUUUUGUGGUGGCCUCUGCUUCGAUGUCAGCGCUCUACAAGGUGCUCUUCAAGAUGGUACUGGGCAGUGCCAAAUUUGGAGAGGCUGCACUCUUUCUGAGCAUUGUCGGAAGCGCCAACUUUGUUUUCAUCAGCUUUGUGCCGGUCAUCCUGUAUUUUACACAUGUGGAGUACAUCGGCUCACCUGAAGACAUCCCCUGGGCCUACUUCUGUGGGGUUGCAGGCCUGCUUUUCGCUUUCAACGUCCUGGUGAACUUUGGCAUUGCGAUAACAUACCCAAAAUUAAUUUCCCUUGGCAUCGUCUUAAGUGUUCCUGUAAAUGCCAUGGUGGACCUCUACACAUGUGAAAUAAAUUUCAACACAGUGCGUCUCAUCGCUGUGUUCAUCAUCUGCCUGGGUUUCCUCAUGCUGUUGUUACCGGAGGACUGGGACCAGUGCAUCAUCCAGCUCAGCACAAAGCUGCGCAAACGUGACGAGCCAGCAGAGGGCAGCGGAGAGGCCGGGGCCACCACAGGGCUCAACUGGAGAGGGAGAGCCAGGACCUCCAUGUCAACAUUUGCACAUUGACUCCAUGAAAUAUUAACAUGCAAACACACACACACACACACACACACAAGGAGGGAGACACAUAAACACCUCUUAGUGUUGAUGUCGGGACAUUUGACCUGCCUGGUGACCUGCCCUCUCUUUCACGCAGCUCCCUGAGUGAAAAAAGUAUUUUAGGCUACCCUCUGAUCAGUAACAUUACAGCCAAGAGGGGAGAUGCAGGAGGCACAGACUGUACCAUUCAUUUGGUGUCCAUUCUACUCAGAUGUAUCCGAGUUGGUGCAUGGACUCAUAUCAACUGUAAUCCUUCUUACCCCAAAAGAUUAGCAGGUAUAACUGAUUGAGUCAUGUAUUAAUUUUGCUGUACCUCUUAAUCAUUCCAUUCACUACAUCCUUGCGCCUGGGAAGACUUGCCAACUUGCCUGAUAUUUUUCAGCUCUGAGAAAAAAACUUUUUGAGGCAGGCCUAACACCUUGUGGACUUGCUGUCUUUAACAUGUACACAUUUACACACCUUUAAAAUCCAAAGAAGAAUGCCUAACAUGCUGAAUGCCUGAAAACUAAAGGGAGGCCCACAGUGGCGUCCCUCAGGUGUAAACUUAAUGACAAAUACCUGCCUUUCAUGCACUGUACAUAGCUGUGUUUCACACCUUGGAUGUCCUGGAGCUGUGGACCCAAUGGGCUCAUCUGGUGUGAAGGGACCUGUCUGGACAUCUGAGGAUCAAUCUGAGCUGAAGAAGCUUUCACAACACCUCACUCUGUUCAUCCUGAGAGAAAGAGGUCAGGUCCUUUUUGACCACACUGAUGCCCCCUGUGGUUAUGUGCUUUCCUGGGGCUAAACUCCCACUGUCAAUGCUGACACCCAUUGCUCAGGCCCACAGUUUAUUCACGAGAGCUCUAAAACCAGUAUCUUAAUUGCAAAAGCUUUCAAUGCAUGAGAUGGUUGAGAUUUGUUUGUCAACAAGUGUGAGUGCUUUCAGUCCAUCCAUAAAGCACUUGCCUCACAUUUUCUGUUGCCGAGACACUGGCAGCAAACAGUAUUAACAUUUUAUUAACCAAGCAAUACAGGUAAUACAUGUAUUCACAUGUAUUGUCAUUCAAAUUAUAUUAAAUGUGAUUUUUUUCCACUGUCCAUUAGCUGUUCAAACUAUUAAGUAACCCACUUUCACAAUUAAUGCUUCAGGUAUCCCAAUCUUUGGAUGGACUAAAAGCACUAACAGCUUAUGUUAUAAGACAGACAGGCUUCAUAAAAAAUACCCCUUUAAUAACUUUGAACAUCAACCAUAGUUAUCACUGAGCCUCCCUUUGAAUUCCUAUGACAUUUAACUUUCUACGGCAAUUAACAAUUAAAUUGUUUUUUUGUUUUUUUUUUUGGUCCCUGAAGAAAAAAACAGACAGUAGAUGAAAACCAUCUCACUGUAGGCUUGAGGAGAGGUGUGUUGACACACGAGAAUGGCUCGCAUUUGUCCACCUCUGCUGUUUGUCAAAAAAAGUCUUACUGUAUCUGUUUUCAUUAAAUCACAUUUCUGAGGCAAGUUAACAACCGAGAUGAACCUGAGAGCAAAUGAGGCACGCACCUUGUAAAGCGAAUGGUGGAAACUCUGCCUUGUUGUGAAUGUAUGAACAUCACUCGACCACACAUGCUCGCUACCUGCUAUCUGUUUUUUACAAUGCCACCACAGACUGCUGCAGAGAGACUCUUUAAUACUGUCCUUCUUGUACUCAUCUGACCGAGUUACAUUUUUUUGGAACACACUCUUGACGCAUCGUACAGGACUUUUUAUAUUUUUGCAUUUGGUUGCUUACUAACCUUGAGGGGACAAUGAGUGACAUCUGCAGGAUGAGCAUGCACAUACUGUAUGAGCAGAUACAGCUGACAAGUCCACUUCACUGCCUUUUCUUUGUUUUGCAAUAGAGUACAAUAGCACUGUUUCCCAUUGUCAUUCUCUAUGACAAUAAAUAAUAAUAUUGUAUUCCUCUGGAAUUAUUGCUAGACAUAAAUGUAAACCUUUGUAAGGAAUGAUGAUUUUUACACUGAGAUGCAACAUAUGAUUAUCACAUUUGAGGAAGAAAUAUUUAGAGCGUGAAUGAAUGAUGGGUUCAUUAGAUCUACUGUUGGGUGUCUUCAAGUGUAAUCACAUGUACUAUAUAAAAGACUUCUUUUCAAUA